CAUUCAUUCACUCAUUCAUUUUUCUUCUUCUUUCUUCUUUCAAAUCAUGCAGCGGACUGCCUUCUUGGCCGUGGUGGCUGCUGUUGCUUGUGUGGCUGGACUCGCCUCGUCGCUUGCCAUCCCGCGCCCGACUGCCGACAACCGCGAAGUGCGCGUGGACUACCUCGAUGGCAUUGGCUCGCUCAACUCGACCAACGUCUACUCUGGCUUUGCGAACGUGUCGAGUGUCUACGACUCGUCGCUCUACUACCUCUUCUUUGAGUCGCGCUCGGCCACUCCGGCGACCGAUCCCGUCGUCGUCUGGUUCCAAGGCGGCCCCGGCUGCAGCUCUCUCUUCGGCCUGUUUAUCGAGAACGGCCCGUACAUGAUCCUGGAAAACGAGACAUUCGUCUUCAACCCGUACUCGUGGAACAACAACGCCCACGUUCUCUGGAUUGACCAGCCCGUCGGAACGGGCUAUUCGUACACCAACAGCCCGCUCGGCUAUGACGUGAACGAGGCUGAAAUCGCCCGCCAAGCCUACAUCACCCUGACCACCUUCUUCCAACGCCACCCCGAGUACGCAAAGCAGAAGCUCUUCCUGUUCGGCGAGAGCUACGGCGGCCACUACGUGCCCCACAUUGCCAACUACAUUCUGCAGCAGACCAACACGCUCAACCUCGCUGGCAUUGGCAUUGGCAACGGCUGGCUGUCCCCCUACUACCAGACUGGCCAGAACGCCAAGUUCCUCUAUGAGCACGGCCGCAUCACUGCCCUCGAACGCGAUGCCUACGACGAUUCGUACGUGCUGUACAAGGCGCUUCUCGACGCCAAGCUGUACGUGCCCGCCACCGUGGUCGGCAACGCCAUGCUGGAGGCCCUCACUCUUGAAGGCGGCAUUGGCGAUGUCUACGACAUCAACGAGAAGAGCGAUCCCACCACCCCGCUCAACAAGGCCCUCACCAAGUACCUCGAUUCGGAGUCUGUCAAGCAGAAGCUCCAGGCCACUCAGCACAAGUGGGUUGGCUGCAACAACCUGCCGCACCUCGCCCUCAUCGACGACUCGGAGCGCAGCUCGCUCAAGCUUCUCCCCGGCAUUCUCGCCAAGAUUCGCGUUCUGCUCUACAACGGCGGCAACGAUCUCAUCUGCAACUACCUCGGCACCGCCGCGUACGCCGCCGAGAUCAACUGGCCGUUCCAGGACCAGUUCAACAACGCUGUCAACACCACCUGGUACGUCGAUGGCGUGGCUGCCGGUUGGUACAAGUCUGCCAGCUCGUUGACCAAGCUCGUCGUCAACGACGCCAGCCACAUGGUUCCUUACUCGCAGCCCAAGAAUGCGCUGGCCAUGCUCACCAGCUUCAUCAACAACACUCCGUACUAAAAAACCAAACAACGCGAGUGUCUCGACAAUGCAUUUUUGUACAAAAAUACAACCCGAAUCAUUGACUUG